AUGAAUAACUGGAUGCUGCUGCAUCUGUUUCGUCUAGCACAUAAUCGGAAGUACAGUGCUGACUGCCAGCUAACGAUCAAUGAUAUAAUCAAACUGAAUAAAGCUUUGCAUUUGGGCUUUGACAGCUGGAGCUUAAGGACGAAACUUGAUAUACUACUGCUCUUUCAUCUGCAAUAUGUUCUAACCACACUGCAAUUGCGAAAUAUUUGGGAUCAAUAUUUUUGUGAGACAUACAUCACACUCCUCUUCGAGAUCUUCUUCUGUGCCUACUUCGUCUAUCAGCUGCUGCUGCUGGCUUGGCUGGGAGCUCUGCACAAUACCUUAAAGACUUAUUAUCUGAGUCCUCGACAAGAACAUAUUCAUAGCUCUCACUCGCGCCGUCAGGUAAUACAGUUCUUUAGCUUUUACUUGCGAAUCAAAAGCGUCCAUCAAAGUGUUAAGAAACUCUGGCAGCGAGUGCCUGGCGUGCUGUUUCUCAUUUUGCUCAAGCAUACUCAAUACCUGGCCUACAAUCUGUACAACAUGAUCUAUCAUCGGCCCAUCAAUCACCUAAUUGAAUUUGAAUGCUGUGUGGCGCCGUUGCUAAAAAUAUUUAUUCUCGCCAUUUGCAACAAGCGCAUUCAAAUUCUCAAUCAGCAGCUGAGGGAGCAUCUCUUUCGCAUUGAGCUUAUGCAUUGGAAUUGGCUCGAGUCUGGACUGGAAUCAGCUGUGGCCACACAAUUUGCCAAGACUCUAAGCCAACUCCUGGUUUUAUCUGCAGCUGCUGGCAGACCCGAUGGAAACUUUCAAUGGCAAACUGGGAUUUAA